AUGUUGAGGAAUAUUAUAGCAAGAAACUGUACAAGCAUAAGAGCUUUGCACUCUUUAAGAACACAAACGAUACCUCACCCUAUUCCUAAACAAACAGAACAAAUACCUGAUGUAGCAAGCUUCCUAAAAACCAUUGGAAGAAAUUGUAAUGAGUUUGUGGAUACAUAUGAAAACCAAUGGGAUAAUUUAUUUAAAUGGGAUUCUCGUGUCAUGAAGGAGAAAGGUAUCCCUACACAACAACGUAAAUAUAUUUUAUUCCAAUUGGAGAAGUUUCGUGAUGGAGAAGAAAUCAUAGCGAUAAAUAAAGGUAAGAAAUCUUUCUUUGGUGGAGAAAGAACAAGAAAAGAAAAGAAGGCUAAAUGGUUAGCUGAACAGAGACAAAAUGAAAAGCUAAAAGGGUAA